CCUUGUAGCAAAGAAUGGCUUGCAGAGUUGGCAAUGUCCCCUUUCUCUUUCCCAUCCAAACGACACAAAAACACUCACACACACAGAGCACAGUCCCUCUCGGCAGUUAAGCUGCUCCAAUCUCCCCACCUACUCUCUCUCUCUUCAGUUCUCUUCAUUUAUUCAUUUUCAUUCCUUCAUUCUCUUCAUUGUAUUGUAUGUUGAAGGUUAAAGCUUGAAGCUUUGUUUCUGUGAUAUGAAAACAAUUUAUCAGAAGCUUAGAGAAAGCUAAAGAAAAUCAGCUCAGAGUGUACUGAAAGAUGCCUCUGGUGAGGUUUCAGGUGAGGAACGAGUACAGCCUGGGCCAGCCUCAGCUGUACAAAGAGGUGAACAGAGAAGAUCCCAAAGCUGUGCUCGAUGGGGUGGCCGUUGCUGGCCUCGUUGGGAUCUUGCGCCAAUUGGGCGAUCUUGCUGAGUUUGCAGCGGAAGUUUUUCAUGGCUUGCAAGAGCAAGUGAUGACUACAGCUUCUAGAAGCCAAAAACUGAUGGUUCGUGUGCAACACAUUGAAGCUGCACUUCCUCCCCUUGAGAAGGCUGUACUUGCUCAAACAAGCCACAUACAUUUUGCUUACACCUCUGGUUUAGAGUGGCAUCCUCGUAUUCGAAAUGAGAAAAAUCAUUUCAUCUACAAUGACUUGCCACGUUUUAUUAUGGAUUCAUAUGAAGAAUGUCAGGAUCCCCCACGUUUGCACUUGCUUGACAAGUUUGAUACCGGCGGCCCAGGAUCUUGUUUAAAGAGAUAUUCAGAUCCAACCUUUUUCAAAAAAGCAUCAGCUAACCCGGAUGAAGCAAAUGUUGAACAAGUCCGAAGAUCUAGAAAGGGUAAAAGAAGCAAGAAGAAAAGAGGAUCACAACGAAAUGGAGAUGUAUUACGUGGUGCAUCAGUAUCAAAUCGCAGCAGCAGAAUGCAAUAUAUUCCUCCUAUCGCAAAUGGGCAAAGCUCAUCUUCUCCAACUGCCUCCACAGCCGACAUGGCAUUAAAAUCUGACCUGGGGGACAAUUCCAUUUCUUUUGAUUCAAAAACUGAGUCAGAAUAUAUUGAGUAUGCUGCCCAUCCAAGUUCCUCCCUACAAGCUGAAGAACAAGAAUCCAAGGAAUCGCCUUCUUCUAAAUCGGUGCAAAAUGACGCUCUUAAUUCUGUUUUGCCUGAUGAUCAAACUGGAUUUGUAGAUAACUCUCCUGGAAGUUCAUUACAGGACCAAGUUACCUCUGGUUCAUCUGGUGUUAACUGGGAUGAGAAGGUAGAAAUAGUGGAUCCUAAAGGUCAACAGAAUUGUAUAGAUGAAACUACAGAGAUGCUCCUGACAAAGGAUGACUUGGAUGCAAAUGAAGGAGGAGCUGGUAGCUUUAGAAUUGUUGAGCAAAUGGAUGUCCUCUUUGAUGAUGAAAACAUUCUGGAACCAAACAGGAUCCAGAUUGAUGAAAUUGAAAGUGAACCAGACAAUUUCAUGGAUGCACUUAACACCAUUGAAUCAGAAUCUGAAAACGAUCUUGAUUGUCAAACCAAACGAGAAGUGGAACAUUUUGCUUCUGUUGUUAACAAUAAAGGACCAGAUGGAGUGCAUGAGAUUACCAUGGAUUGUUCGGAUCAUCAAACUCCAACUUUAGAAUCUCAUACUGCAACAUCUUAUGUUUCCUCGGAAGAAGAAACGCCGACAGAUCUAUCGAACUCAACCUCACCAGAGUGUCCAGCCCAUAAACAGAUGCCUCAAAUAGCUACAGAACUGUCUAAUUCAGAUCACAUUGUAGAAACAAAUAGGACUGACAUUUUUGAUUGUUUAAGGUUAGAAUCUGUUAGUGGUGAUUCCACAUCAUCUGGCUCUGGAACUACUAAUGCGCAGGAGAAGACCAUAAGCAGUUUAUGUGAGGCUCAAAAAUCUCCUGCUGACGUUUCCAGGAAUAAUUCAACAUCCUUUGGCUCUGGAACUACUAAUGAGCAGGAUGAUCUCAUAAGCAGUUUAUGUGAGGCUCAAGAAUCUCCUGCUGACAUUUCCAGGAAUAAUACAACAUCCUUUGGCUCUGGAACAACUAAUGAGCAGGAUAAGAUCAUAAGCAAUUUAUGUGAGGCUCAAGAAUCUCCUGCUGACAUUUCCAGGAAUAACACAACAUCCUUUGGCCCUGGAACUACUAAUGAGCAGGAUAAGAUCAUAAGCAGUUUAUGUGAGGCUCAAGAAUCUCCUGCUGACAUUUCCAGGAAUAACACAACAUCCUUUGGCCCUGGAACUACUAAUGAGCAGGAUAAGAUCAUAAGCAGUUUAUGUGAGGCUCAAGAAUCUCCUGCUGACAUUUCCAGGAAUAAUACAACAUCCUGUGGCUCUGGAAUUUCUAAUGCGAAGGAUAAGAUCAUAAGCAGUUUAUGCGAGUCUCAAGAAUCUCUUGCUGACAUUUCCAGGAAUAAUUCAACAUCCUCUGGUUCUGGAACUGCUAAUGCGAAGGAUAAGAUCAUAAGCGGUUUAUGCGAGUCUCAAGAAUCUCUUGCUGACAUUUCCAGGAAUAAUUCAACAUCCUGUGGUUCUGGAGCUGCUAAUGCGAAGGAUAAGAUCAUAAGCGGUUUAUGUGAGUCUCAAGAAUCUCUUGCUGACAUUUCCAGGACUAAUUCAAUAAAUUUCUGGACUAAUGGAGGCCUGUUAGGACUUCAGCCAUCAAAGCCUCCUGAUUUUACCAUGUCAAGUCCUGUAACUCAAGAUUCUGCUUACAGAAGCACUGAGACAGUUGGUGUCUCAAAUCAUGCUUACACGCUUAUAGCUGAUGAGCAUGAAGCUGAGAAUGCUGGCUGCAAGGAAAUAAGCUCUGAUUAUCAAGAAGAUGGUAUCUCUGCCAAGGAAAUAUCCAAGGGAUUUUCACCCACUGAAUUGUAUCCAAAGCUUGGAAAUACUGGUGACUCUCUUAAGAGUAAUGUAUUUAGCUAUUGCAUGGAGGAUGGUUCGAAGAAAACCAAUACGACGGAACCUGGAACUAUGUUGCCCGUUGCUCCAUGUGGCAAAUCCACUUCCAAUGAAGCGAAUCAGGAGAAUGAUGAAAACUCUUCUCUGGUUUUUGGGCUUGGCCGUAGGUUACUUGUGAAUGGUUUUGGUAGAAAAGUUCCACAUUCGCACGAUGACAAAUCUGAGCCUGCUAGUUAUUCAAAUGCUGGUGUAUUGGACCAGAGAAAUGAGCACCACAGAGUAGAGCACCAAGCAUUUCCCAACACAUCCUUCAAAGAGAAAUUUGAGCAUGGAUUUGCUGUUGAAUCACCUCCUUCUUCACCACCACUUGAACAUAUGAAAAUAUCUUUCCAUCCCAUGAAUGGCAUUGAAACUUCCAUACUCAAAUUGAAAUUAUCUGAUGGGAGUCAAAGCCAUGGAAGUGUAAAAGACAUGUUUCAGUCAUUUCAGUUGGUCCCAGGGCCUUCUAUUCCUCUGCAUGAAUUUGGUUCUGAUUCUGAUGAUGACACAUUCUGUAGAUCAUCUCCAUAUAUAUCAGAUGAUUGUCUUAGCCAUCUCUCUGAGUCGAAUUCUGAACAAUGGGAAUCUAGUGAAACUCCAGAAUGCAAGAACCAUGACCUAUACGAUGCUUUGUGUGCAAUCUCAUCAGCUGAACGUAUAUCCACCUCUCUGGAAAUAGGGGGAAUAUCCCACAAUGCCGCUUAUGGAGAUGGUGGAAUUCAAAGUGUGCACACUGAUAAUGGUCUGGAACAUUCUCUCUCUGAUCCUUUACUUGAUCUUCCAAGUUUAGAUGCUUUGGAACCCGUACUUCAGCAAGAAGCAAAGGAUGAUUCAGUUCCUAAGGAUCUUCAUGGUUUGAAAUGUUCGGGGGAUUCUACACCAGGACCACCACCUCUCCCUCCAGUGGAAUGGCGUGUUUCAAAACCUACCUUAAAUGUAACGGACGAAAAACAAGAUGUAUCUGAAGGUUUUAAACACGUAUUCGACACAGAGAUUUUGGGGUCUAUCACCCUCCAGCAACCUAAGCCAGCCCCAGCUCAGCAACAACAAAUAAAUGAGGAGUCCAUUUCUAUUCAACCGAAAUGCAAGCAGGACCAGCACGUGAAUGGACAGAAAGAAGCUGAUCAGGCUCUAAAUGGCAAAGGGAUAGACGAAAAGGAAGAUUUUCUACAACAAAUCAGAGCAAAGUCAUUCAACCUGAGACGCACAGUACCAGCAAAGCCAACCAUCACACCGGUACCUGCUACCAAUGUCAAAGUAACUGCAAUUUUGGAGAAAGCCAAUGCCAUUCGCCAGGCUGUUGGGAGUGAUGAAGGGGAAGACGACGAUACAUGGAGUGAUGCUUGAUUUGGCCAUGGUUAUGCCAGCCCACGAGAAACAAUCCUCUUGCUGGUUGGAGUUCACAAAGUUGGCCAAGGCUGUGUUAUAUAUGUAUAUGUGAUUAAUUUCAGUUUCUUUCUGUAAUUAAGUGUAGGGGCUAAUCUUGUAUCGAUCCAUUGCAGUAAUUUUGAUUGAUUCCUUUUAGGUAGAAAGAUGAGAUAAGUUGUCAGGUUGAGCAUGAUCUUCUACAUAUUUGAGGCAAUCAUUUAUACAAAAAAUGCCAUAAUAUGCCUCAAUAUAUAUAUUUGCUGUUCCUUGAACACUCGUUUAUAGAUCUAUUCUUUUUGCACCGCAA